UUGGUGCUGCUGUUAGGGCGUUGUCAUGCCCAGCCGUCUGGAUAGCUGAGGCAAAGAUGUCCCAAAGUCUGGCCACCUGCUCAAUUUGGCACUACAGGGGUGCGGCUUUCUGUGGCUUUUCCGGCUUUGUUGUUAAAUUUUCCAGCUCUCUUUCCACCCCACUUCUCUAGCACCGAUGGUUGAAGCCGCGGUCGGGUUCCUUUCUUGGUCUCAGGCUGCACGUGGGUCGGACCAUUGUCAGCAAAAAUCCAGGAUGCCCCCUAAAGGGCGGAAGAGGAAGGCCAAUGGCCCUCAGGCCAAAGCCGACGCAUCCAGUGGAGUGGAAGCAAAUAAUGCUGAGAAAUUGCCCAAGAAGCUGAAGGAGAACGAGGGUUUGGGCCCACAUGUGAUCAUUGAGCAUUGUAAAAGCUGACGAGUCUUUGGGCGCAAUGCUGAUGGUGUCAGCCAGGCACUCCAGCACGCCUUUCCUGAAGUCCUGGUGGAGAUCAACCCUGAGAAGCCGCGCAGGAAUAGCUUUGAGGUGGCUCUGCUGAAAGAGGAUGGCACCAGGGUGGAGCUAUGGAGCGGUCUUAAGAAAGGGCCACCACGCAAGCUGAAGUUCCCAGAACCAAGCAAGGUGAUUGAAACCCUGAAGGGCAACUUGAACUAAAUCCAACCACACCUGGGCAGGUUUGCCAAUGUGCAUCUGAUGAACCAUUCAUCCCCUGUGAGUUGGAGCAUUCAUGAUGGGAUAUGAUCAAGUGGGGUACAUAACAAAACCCCAGUCAUAUCUUUGAAGCUGCAGCCCCUCCUCCACAAGCUGAAAUGGACCAGAUAUUACUUUUUCCUGUCCCUUCACCUUUUAAAGUUUCUUGCAUCAUUACUGUUAGGAAUUUGUAGGGGAACACCUUGUUUACCAAUAAAGCUUGUUCUUUU